GUCGAGACCCUUCAUCCAGUCCAGACCGUCCACUUCCCUCCUCAGAUGCUGCCUGACCCGCUGAGUUCCUCCAGCAGUUUGUUUGUUGCUCCAGAUUCCAGCAUCUGCAAUCUCUUGUGUCUCCAUAACGAAGUAACCAUGCUCCUAGGAUAUCCGUUCAGACAACAGGAGGACGAGAAAAGGCACCCAAGAACCUUCAGGGUGGUUGGCUGUGAAUCAGAUUUACUGCUCUAUUUAUUUAAAGUUCCACUGAUGUGAAGUGUAUUUCUAGUUCUUUAUCACAAAUUCUGGAGGCAUCGCAAUUUCUAUUUCGCAGAUUCAAGGGGAGAUAUUUGAUCGUUUAAGCUAUUUUUUUUCCAGCGUGUUUACUGUGUGCGUUGCUGGGUGACAGGAAAAGUAACUUCCUUGUCCAAGAGGUACGUCGAGUUAAAACAGUGGCCAACAGUUCAAAGCCUGGAGGUCGGUGCUGCAGCAACUUUGUCAAAAACUUUGCCUUUUCAUUUGCCGUUGAUACAUUUUUGACAACACAAAUCAACGCUCACGGAAAUGAGUUCAAACAGAAUCUAUCCUUCACGGUUCAAGGGUGGAGACGUGACUUCAGUUUCAUCUGAUGUAUAUUCUCAGCUGGGAUCCCAAGUUUCUUUAGCUCAUGAUAAACAGGAAGACUGCAAGAACUGCUGUCCCAGGAGGUGCUGCUUAAUCACAUGUAUAAUCUUGCUCAUUCUUGGAGCACUGGCAGCUGCUUUAACCUGUGCGGUUAUAUUUGGAAUACCACCCAAACAGCCAAUAAUCCGUCAGUGUAAAACCACUUCAGAUUCGGUUGGCUUUCUGUGUGAUGACCGCAGUACCUGUAUCAUUUCGACACAGAUGUGCAAUGGCAGAGUAGACUGCAGCAAUGGUGAAGAUGAAUCAGACUUGUAUUGUGAAGACCUGCCAAAAAGCCUCCCUAAACAUCUAGUUUCAAUGUGUGGCAACCAGAAGACUUGGAUCUAUAUAGAUGAAAAGUGUGAUGGAAAAAAUCACUGUGGAGACUGCUCAGAUGAAUCGGAGUUGCACUGCCCUGCUUGUUCUGGAUGGAAAUGUUCUACUACAUUCUUCAGUGACUGUGACUGCAUACCGAAGAGUCGCUGCAAAGACAACAUUCAGGACUGCAGGGAUUGGAGUGAUGAAAAUAUCUGUAAUAAAUGACUGUAGAAUAAACUUGGCAUUAAUCUCUAUACACCUUUUAUGUUGUGAAUGAGCUCAUUUCUAACACUAAAGAUUAUUAAAGUAGACCAAGCCUAAUGUUUUACUGCAUGCAGUUAUACUGAACAAUAUGCAAUUUUGUUAUUAGAUCUGUAUGAUUUCAUGAGCCAGUGUUUCCAUUAUGAAUCCGUUAGUACAUCAUCUUUGUAUUAUCUACCAUGUUGCAUCCCAUUCUAACAUGGACAUUUAUCACUGUCACUGUGUCAGUAACCUGAAAGUUCCAAGCUAACAGCAUCUUCAUAGGAAUUUAAGUGGUUCAAGAAUUUCUUCCACCAUUCUCAAUUCAUUAAUGAUAUGCAAGUUCAAGACUGAUGUUGGAAAACAUUAACUUUAUGAAAUACAUCAGUCAAGUUAGUGAAGCCCACUUCUUAUGAAAACAUUCUAAAAAGUACCUUCCUUACAUUUAUACAUACUAAGGAUUUACACCAUGGGGCAAGCAACGUCACACGUGUAUUUGCGUUUCUGUGCAUCUGCUGCCCUGGUCCUUCUGGGAUACAGAAGCCUUGGGCUUUGGAAGUGCUUUCAGAGGUUUAGGUAAGUUGUGAUGGUGCAUCUUGUAAGUUGUACACUGUAGUGUACUGAUCAAACAGCAUGCUUUAUCCUGGAUGAUGACAUGCAGUUUCUACAACACUCAGCCUGACAAGUGUCACAUACUACAGAACACCCAGCCUAUGUCCUACACUUGUGGCCACAUUACUUACAUGGAUGGUCUAAUUAGGUUUCUGACAAGCAGUCAUUCAUGACAUUGAGUCAACCAACAAAUGCUUGUCACAGGGAAGUGAGUAGAUAGAUGGAUGCGCUCUUGGAGAACAUCCAACCACUUGUGUGAUCAAGAAUCACUUGUUAGUUUCUGUUACCAGGUAGGUACAAUUCCCACAGUAACUUUAUUUUGUUGCAUUACACAAUUGAAGGGUAAAUAUGAGCCAGUAGAAAUUUUCCAAGGGUUCAAUUCUGCCCUAGACCCUAAAUGUGCAGAUGUGCAAUCAGCCCUCUAUGAAAUCAUAUGGUACUGAUAUCUUGGAUGAUUUUUUUUUAAAAAAAGUCUGUUCUCUCACUAAAGGAAGGAAAGUUGGUUUCCUAAAGGUCAAAGGUUUGUGCCAUGAGGGCAAAGAGAAAAUACGUUGUCCUGUUUCCAGUAUGCCCCUUCCACCUCCAGUGCUUUGGCCAAUAUUUUUCCUUUCAAUGAGAUUGCAUUAACUAGUUGUUUGUUUGUGGGAGACGACUGCAUUUCCCACGUUUUAUGUCUGCCCAGGACUUUGGUGCCAGACUGUCAGGUUUUCUGGACCAGCUUCUAUAUCCCAGAAGGACCAGGGCAGCAGAUGCACAGAAACGCAAAUACACGUGUGAUGUUGCUUGCCCCAGUGUCCAUUCACAGUCCAACACACAUUUAAUUCACUUGCAAAAAGGUGUCACUCAGUAACGUUUCACCAGAUAAGUUUCAGUGGAGCAACAAACAGGGUGCCAGUGGAACUCAGCCAGUCAAGCAACAUCUGUGGAGGGAGAUGAACGUUUCCCUCCACAGAUGCCGCCUGGUCCACUGAGUUCCUCCAGCAUCUUGUGUUGCUCCAGAUUCCAACAUCUGCAGUCUCUAAUGUGUCUCCAAGUUUCAGGGGUUGCUGUUCACAAGCAAGGGGUUGACUGUUUUCUCUCAGAGAGCUGGGACUCUUUUUCAAAAGGUGAUGGAAGUGGAGUCUUCGAAUAUGUUUAAGGGAGAAAUAGAUUCUUGAUAGGAAAGGUUUUGGGAUAUGGGCCAAACAUAGGCAAAUAGGGCACCUUGGUCAGCAUGGGCCUGUUUCCAUGCUGUAUUAUUCUAUAAUUUGUUAAUCUAUAUGGAUGAUUUCUUUGGGAUGUUUCUCAGAAUAGAUUACAGGGAACUAAAUAUCCUCCAUAUCCACCAUGGACUUAAAAACUCUACCAUGGUACCUGUAAAUGUAGAUGUCAAACGUUGGUGUGGACAAAGUAACUCCCUCCAACUGAAUACCCCUAUAUUCGCAGGUCUCCUCAUGAUUCUGCUGUUUCAGGUGGUUUUACCACUCCCGCCAUAUCAAUCACAGAUAAGGCCAUUUCUGAUGAUUUCCUUGUACCUUCAGCCACAUCCCCUUCCCCCUUCCAAUCAUACUUCUUUCUGUGCUCACCCUGACAAAAGAAAAGCUGUUACAACUAAAUUAUAGUGUUUUGAAAAUAACAACUGGAUUUUGGUCCUUUAUACAUGACAACUCUGCAGACACUAACCUGCUGAAACCCAUCUUUCCACAGUAUUAUUGAGCACACUACCUUGAUGAUUCCUUAUCCCCAUCCUGUAAAUCUAAAGGACACAGGGUUAAAAUGCUUAAAGCAAGUAACUAGUUAAGGCAAUCAUCACGAGAUACAGCUCAGCAACAAAGAACUAUCAGGUCCUCCUCCCCUCUACCAAUUCACUUAUUCACCAAUUCUAUUCUUGAUGUCUUGAGUUAGGUGAUAUUAUUAACAGUUCAAGGUCCAUCUUCAUGGUAUGUUGCUUCAGGAAGGCGAAUCGCAUCGUCAAGGAUGCCUGCCGCCCUUGCCGUUCCCUUUUCUCUCUUCUACCUUGACAGGAUAUAGGGGUUUGAAAACCCAGACUCAAGAACCACUUCUUCCCCACUGCUAUCAGACUUCUGAACCAGUCAUCUCUUUCACAUCCCCCUUCCCGAUGAUGCUGCCACAUCUUAAUUCUACCUCUCAGUUAUUCCGUUAUUGACACUUCAGCAUUUCUUUUUGCACUAUCUUUGCACCAUUCUGUUGUACUUUCCACCCAUUGUAUUUAUUGUAUUUACUACUACCAUGUAUGCCAUUUACUGAGCUUCACACAACUAAGGAAUUUCAUUGCAUGCUGGUGUACCUGACAAUAAACUAAUCUGAAUUUCCUCACUAAACCUAUUUGCAUUUCACUCAGCUGCUUGCCCAUGCAUUUGAUAACCUGUGCUACUAUCACCUUUGCUGGCUAGAUGCCAAACUCAUGACACGCCUUGCAAUGUUUUGCAAUGUUUUGCAAUAUUAAAAAGGUGAUGACUGUUCUCAUAUGAGCAGUUUUGUAUUCCUUGAAAACAUCAGUGCCAAUGGCUACCAUACCUCUCAAGAACAGCAACGUGCUAAAGAAGCCAAAGACCAUCCUCAAAAUUAAAAAGGAUUCAUCAUUAAAUCCACUUAACCAGCAGUGCAAAAAUCCUUAAAUUCCAGCAAAAUGCAUAAUUUAAUACACAUCUGGAAGUUUUACAUUUCAAGGUUAGAAUCAGGGCUUACAGCACUUAAAUGGUUAAAGAUACCUGUUUAAAAAAUGUUCAAUUAAUUACUUAAUGAUUGUGCAUUUACAAAGAAUUCCACCAACACCUGAACAAACUGAAUGCUUAGUUUGGUACAUUGACUAAAUCACUUCAAAAAAAAGAAUCAUUUUAUACUUCACACUUUGUGCACUUUGGCUGUGUUUACAAUCCAUUGCACAAUUCAACUUUUAUCAAAAUGAUUUACUUUCUCUUAAAAUGGUCUGUACCAAAAUUCAGACCAACAGUAAAGGUCAUGCUAAAUAUUCCAAAAAUAAAAUCCAUUGAGAUCUUUUUUUAACUUAGAAUUCAAUACUAUACAAGGAUGGAUUCUGAGGCAAAUGUGCAGAUCAGAAAUAUACUUGUUGCCUGCAAUUUCAUCAUCAUUUAAGCAGACUUGGUGCCCAAUAAUUUAGAUUGAAAUAUAGCUUUCAAACAUUCAUUCUUAAUUUUACUAUGAACUGUUAAAUCAAUUAUUCAAAUUCAAUCUCAACAUCAUGCAAAAUUCAUGAUAAAACUGGACAAGUAAUUUUGAAGUCCUACUUUCUACAAUACUUUCAAGGUGAUAAGUAUUGACACAAACUUCGCAUUUAAGUCAUUUAAGUAAAUUAUUAGAAUUAUUGCAAAAUCACAUGCAUAUUUCACAUCUGUUAAAUGAUACAUUUUUAGGCUGCAGACAGAAAUGUGCUUUAUUGCAGUGAACUUGCAACAUUUACUCUGUAUAGAGCAAUGGCUGUUGACAUACUGUGGUAAAUAUUAAGUUUGCACUAUGUAGCUUUGCAUUUCUUCAAUUUAAACAGAGGAGCACCUUUAGUUUUUAUCCAAUAACUAAACAUGAGAAUCAAAUGUUUAAUUGAAGGGAGGAAUGUAACACAAGGGAAAAUAUACUGUCAGGUGAUCUUUUAAAAUAUCGAAAGAACUGGCAACUCCCUAUCAGCCCUGUUCACUAAGUAUUUAACCUGGGUUUUUUUUCAUUUCAUUCUCUGUACUUGCUAUUGCGAUAAAUAUGAGCUCUGGUUUACAAUCUGCCUGAACACUGAAUUAAUGGCACUUCCAUGGGAACAUAAAUAAUGUUUCAAAGAGGUUACCUUUAGUUAGCAGUUUAUGCAUGAAAUGCAAUGUAGGCGAUUGGUACCUAUAAACACAAAAGGAUCUCCCAUCAUGGGUGUGCAUUUAACCAAAUGAACAUUGCCAAUGUAGUAUCUCACAGGAGACCACUUUGGUGAUCACAAAGCAAUUCUCUUCAAUAUAUUGAAACUCCAAAUGAAAGCCACAGAAUAUCCCACUUAAUUCAGGUGUGAGCUUUGUUAAUUAUUUUUGGGAAAUGUUUAAGGAAAAGAAAAAAACAGAUGCAAAAACUUAAACUGUGUUAUGAUUCAUGCAGAUUGCAGAAAAAUAUUGAAUUUUACAGUGGACCUGUUCCACAUUCCCUAAGCUGCUCUUGUAAUUGUACACAUUUGGUAGACACUUAAUAGGAAAUGCUGCUAAUAAAUCAGGUUAGAGUUAAAUAAAAUGUAACAUAUGAAAAUUGCUUAUCUUUAAUAUUUAUGUAUUACUUUGGAUUGAAAACAACAAUAAAAACACUUUUCACAAUCUGUUUGUUAAAUCCUGGUGACUUAAUGCUAUGACUCCAGCAUGGUUCACAGCUCAAUAUUCAAAAACACACACCCGUGUUUUUUCAGAAUUCAUCCAUUCAGGUCCAUAAAGGAAUUUGUGAAAAGGAAUGCUAGUAGGAAAUCAAUAGGAAUCCCAAACCCAAAGGACUGGCACAAGUUAUUUUACAAAGGU